AUGAAGGGUCGUCUCGACGGGGCUGCUCUACCAGAGAUGGUCGUGCGACUUUUAUCGGGAACGACCAGAGGAAACGCGGUUGCCUAUAUUGAGGCCCCUGCGUCUGCAGCGGCGGUCCUCGACAAAAUGGACUACCUGCGGCUUGGCUGGGUCAACUGCAGGAGUCGGCCCAGGAUUAAGGCCGAGCGUUGCUACAGGUGCCUUGGGUUCGGCCACAUUUCUCACCAGUGUGGCUGGCCUGACAGAACCGGGGCGUGCUUUAGAUACCAGCCACGUCACUGGGUCUGCCAGGUGUGGAGCCCUACGGGUGGCUGUAGGAAUAGCUCCGAAGAAAUGGCGCUGAUCCUGCAGGUGAAUCUUGAUAGGACCGUGCUCGCGCACGAUCUGCUGGACCAGUUUUCCCGUGCCCGGGGUGUGGAUUUGCUCUUUAUAAAUGAGCCAUCCCGCACGUUACUGGACCGAGGCAGGUACUGCGACAGGACAAGAGGCGCAGCCAUCCUGAUUCGCAGCGAAAAAAUCUCCGUAUCAGAUACUGGAGGGAAAGACGGACAGUGGCUUGCCGAACUCGAGGAUACCGUCCGAGUGUGCAGGAAAAGUGGUGAUGUAGUCCUGGCUGGCGACUUUAACUCCAAGGUCAUCGCUUGGGAGGAGCCGAGAACUGACCCCAGAGGACGGGCGGUGCGACCUGGUAACCGGGGAACGAUCAUCGAUCUCAUGCUGGUGUCGUCAGAAAUGGCGGCACGGGUCUCUGACUGGCGAGUCCUGGAGGACUACACGGUUGGUUAUCACCAGUACGUCAGCUUCGUGAUACACGAGGAUCGUGGUGCAAACUCACGAGAUGUAAACCGAAGGCGCGUAAACGGGUGGAACGUUGCAAAACUCAACCGAGAUUUGCUACUAGAAGCCAUGGUUGGCGCGCCACCUCCAGCUGAUUUAUCAAAAAUCAAGCGGAGGCUGAGGCACUCGUCUGCCAGGAGGGGUCGACGUUCGUGCUACUGGUGGAAUAAGGACAUUGCUAACUGGCGCAGAGAGGCGCAGCAUCUAUGGCGUCUUGCACAGCGACACAGAACUCGCCAAGGCGCCGGGGCAGCUGCUGCCACGUACAAGGUAGCAAAAAAAGCGCUGGUGGAUAAGGACACGUGGGGCCUGGGCUACCGUAUCGCGUUAAAAAGACUUCGCGGUUCGGACCCGACGCCACCGAUGGAACCUUCCCUCUUGGAGAGAGUGGUCUCUUGCCUCUUUCCGGAGCAUCCCACUAGGAGGCGGGAGAACAUAAGUGUAGGACAGGUACCUCUCUUCACUCUCGAGGAAUUGAGGUCAGUGGCAUCGGAGACGCCGGGGCAUAAGGCCCCCGGUCUGGAUGGGGUGCCGUCCGAAGUCCUCAAGAUCAUAGCUGUGGAGAAGCCACACGUUAUGUUGGAUAUGUUCAAUGCGUGCCUGCACGUUGGACUGUUCAGCAGGCGUUGA